CACCUGAACGUCUUCAUGUCGGGGCGCUUGGCUGUCUUCCUGGCCCUGGCUCUGGCCACCCUCCCGGCUCCAGGGGCAGGGGCUCCGCUCGGCAGGAGGGGUUCCCAGAAUAAGCUGCUGCUCGUGUCCUUUGACGGUUUCCGCUGGAACUAUGACCAGGACGUACAAACCCCAAACCUGGACGCCAUGGCGCUGGACGGAGUGAAGGCUCGCUACAUGACGCCAGCCUUCGUCACCAUGACCAGCCCCUGCCACUUCACCCUAGUCACAGGCAAAUACAUCGAGAACCACGGGGUCGUCCACAACAUGUACUACAACACCACCAGCAAGGUGAAGCUGCCCUACCACGCCACCCUGGGCAUCCAGAACUGGUGGGACAACGGCAGCAUACCCAUCUGGAUCACGGCCCAGCGACAGGGCUUAAAGACUGGCUCCUUCUUCUACCCCGGUGGGAACGUCACCUACCAAGGCACGGCGGUGACCCUGAGCCGGAAGGAAGGCGUUCUGCACAACUACAAGGACGAGCAGGAGUGGAGGGCCAACAUCGAUGCGGUGAUGAAAUGGUUCACUGACGAGGGCCUGGACCUGGUCACGCUCUACUUUGGGGAGCCAGACUCCACGGGCCACAAGUAUGGCCCCGAGUCCCAGCAGAGGAAGGACAUGGUGAUGCAGGUGGACAGGACGGUGGGCUACCUUCGGGACAGCAUCAGGAGGAGCGGCCUGGAGGGCAGCCUCGACCUGAUCGUCACGUCCGACCACGGCAUGACCACCGUCCACACGCAGGCCCAGGACCUGGUGGAGUUCCACGCGUUCCCCAACUUCACCUUCAAGGACAUCGCGUUUGAGCUCCUGGACUACGGGCCCAACGGGAUGCUGCUCCCCAAGGAAGGGAUGCUGGACAAGGUGUAUGAGGUCCUCAAGGACGCCCACCCCAAACUCCACGUCUACAAGAAGGAGUCCUUCCCCAAGUCCCUCCACUAUGCCGGGAACCCCAGGAUCACCCCACUGCUCAUGUACAGUGACCCUGGCUACGUCAUCCACGGGAGACUGAACGUGCAGUUCAACAAAGGAGAGCACGGUUUCCACAACGAGGCCAUGGACAUGAAGACCAUCUUCCGGGCUGUGGGCCCCAGCUUCAGGAGGGGCCUGGAGGUGGAGCCCUUCGAGAGCGUCCACGUGUACGAGCUCAUGUGCCAUCUGCUGGGCAUCGUGCCCGAGGCCAACGACGGGCUCCUGAGCACCCUGCUGCCCACGCUCUGGGAAGCCAGCAACCCCUCGGGUAAGGGGCUGCCCAUCAGCCACAGCGCCAGCAGCCUGGGACCGCCUUUCCUUUCUUUGUCCUGCACCCCGGAAACAUCUCAAGCCCCUGGCAGCGACGAGGGGAGGGCAGGUGGAUGUGAGCAGCCUUGGGGAGCCCGAAGGCCAGAGAAGCAGGCCCUUUGCCCACAGGACAGGCCCCCUGGUGAAGUCCACCUCAGGGCUCCUGGCUGCCCGUGA